AUGGAGAAAUCUAAAAAAGAUGGUAUUCUUGCACUGACUUCAGGAUUCCUUUGCAUGUUUGUAAGAUUAAACCUUAUCCCAUUCAUCAUUAAAACUUAGUGCUUGGGAGUUAGUUAUUUGACUGGAAAUCUUAACCCAUACAUUACGGACUAUUAUCGUCAAUAUGAUAAAAGUAUUUCCGAUUCAACUGUGUACUUAAUGUCACCUGUUGCAAGCAUAGCAACAACAAUAUUCGCUCCUAUUGGAGGAUUCCUGGCGAAAAAAUACAGUCCAAGAGUAAUUAUUGCAAUUGGAUUGCUUAUUGGAACCAUAGGUUUCAUAGCAGCAUCAUUUCAAAGAUAAAUUUGGGCAUUUAUUCUAUUCUACUCAUAUAUCUCUAUCUUUAACUAAGCUUGGCUUUAUUUCCCAAAGAACAAAGGACUUGCAGGAGGAAUAUCAUUUAUUGGAGUCGGAAUGGGGCCACUUAUCUUCGGACUUUUAUCUGAUGUAGUCAUUAAUCCAAAUGACCUAGGAAUGGAUAUUCACACAAACCUAUAUCCAAGGUCAGUCCUAGACAACUUAAUGACAUUUGUGAGGAUUAUUGGGCUUUUUUGGUUCUUAGUAUUAGGACUUGCAAUAAUAAUCUUAUAACCACACCCAGACACACUUAAUCCUAAUGCUCUGGGAUCCCCAAAAAGUGAGGGAAAGAGUCUUGUUACAGUAAGAGUAUAUGAUCCUAUGAGAAUCAGUUCAAUGACUAUUGAUUCUGACAAUGAGGAUGUUUAAGAGAGGCAUAAACUUAAGAUGGGAUAUAACGAUAACAUCUAAGAUGGUUACUUGGAAACAAGGGAGAGCAUUGAAAUAGCAAAUGAAAUAAAGACAAAAAAAUAAAAAUCAGCAUUAAGUGUGGCUUUGCAGUCACGAUAAUUCUUUAUUGGAAACUUUUUGGCCUCUUAAUACAAGACUUAUGGACUUUCAGUGGGCCUUCCCAAUAGAUAUUUGACAUUACUGGGAUCUAUUGCUUUUAUUUUUGGAGCUAUUAGAUUCAUUUGGUCUUAUUCAGUUGAUAGAUUCUCCUUCAAAUUCAGCUAUACUAUUGUCCUUUUGAUUCAAAUUGUGAUAAGCUUGUCUUUCAGAUUUGUAAAGGAUAGUAAGGCACUCUACUUUAUCUGGAUAUGCGCAAUUAUUUUCACUGAGGCUGGACACUUUGCAAUGUUUCCUACAGCUGUUGCAAAGCUUUUUGGUGAUUUGGCUCCUUAAGUGUAUGGAAUUCAGUUCACAGCUUUUGGAUUAUCAUCGGUGGUUUCAACAAUAAUUGUUUACUUUACACUUGAUAGUAUUGGACAUGAAUUCUACUUUAACGUAGGUGCUGCUACUAGUGCCUUCUCCUUGUUAAUUUUACUUGUGUUUUUCAAAGAAACAAAGGUUAGAUAUUGA